AUGGCCAGCACCGCACUCGAAGAAGAGCAUCCAGCAUCUCAGACCUCCAUUGUUUCCAUCAGCCUUUUGGCUUCUUCUUCGCUCGUGGCUGGCCACGGUGCUAUCAUCGCCGCUACUGGUGAUGCUGGCGGUGCCGGCUCUGCCAUCGGUGUUGACCCCAACACUCCCCGUACUGGCACCACUCGCAACCCCUUCCAACAGGACACCACCCGCUUCAAGGGAGAUGCCGCUGCUACCUGCGGUGAGACCCUCGCUGGAGGUGCCAACGACAUCCAGGCCGGAACUGCUCAAGUCAUGCAGCUCAACGGUGCCACUCUUCCUCAGAUCACCCCCGGUGGUGCAGUCAUGAUGACCGUCCACCAAGUCAACUCCGAUGGUGCUGGUCCCUACACCUGCAUGAUCGAUGCUACUGGUACCGGUACAGCAUGGCAGCCAAUGACCGUUACCCAGAACCUUCCUGGUAACGCAAAGGGCAAGAACAAGGACACUCAGCUCAUGGACCAGCCUCUCACUGCUACCGUCCCCGCUGGCAUGGCAUGCACAGGUACCGUCGCUGGUCAGGCCAAUGUCUGCAUGGUCCGUUGCCAGAACCCCGCUCGUGCUGGACCUUUCGGUGGCUGUGUCCCAGUCCAGAUGGCUGGCGCUGCUGCUGCUGCUGGCACCGCUGCCACCCCAGCUGCUGCUGGUGCCGCUGCCGCCCCGGCUGCUGCUGGUGCCGCUGGUGCCGCUACCUCCGCUACCGCUGGAACUGGCGCCGCAACUGGCGCUACUGCUGGAACUGGCGCCGCAACUGGUGCUACUGCUGGAACUGGCGCCGCAACUGGUGCUACUACUGGUACCGGUGCCGCAACUGGAGCCAACACUGGCGCAACUACCGGAACUGGUGCCACCACUGGAACUGGUGCCGCGACUGGUGCCAACACGGGUGCCAACACGGGUGCUACCACUGGUGUCAACACUGGCGCUACUACUGGUACUGGUGUCGCGACCGGUGCUAACACCGGAGCUAACACUGGUGUCGCAACUGGUGCCAACACUGGUGCCAACACUGGUGCUAACACUGGCGUCGCAACUGGUGCUAACACUGGCGCAACCACCGGUACUGGAGCGACUACUGGAACUGGUGCCGCUACUGGUGCUGCCAACGGUGUCAAUACUGCUGGUACUGCCACUGGUGCCAGGCCCGCCGUUGCUGGUGCCGCUGCCCGCAAGCGCGAGGCUGCCCGUCAACAACAGCAGAAGCCCCAGCCCCAGCUCACCAACGACGACCAAGAGGAGGAGGCCGAGUUCGCUGACGACAACUAA